UGGGGGGGGUGGCGGGGGGUUAGUGGCACGGUUGAAUCUUCGCUAGCUAAUUCGGCUAGCCAUGCCAACGCUAGCAGGUUAGCUUUGUUUACAUCAAGUGCGCGCCUGGGAACUGGUGGCUAACUGCUAGCCAAACGAAUGUGCGGUCUUAGGAGUUGCUCUUCGAUCAAUUAGGCACCGACGAAGAGACAGUGUCGGAUAUUAAAUGGGCUCUAUGGCCAAAUUCGACCAUAUAUCGUGUGAGACGUUUGGCUGAUGGCAGAAGCUAACGCUAGCUACACGAUGCUAACCCUUUGAUCAUGGGUUGUUGGAUCAUUUGAGUCACUGUUAGGCGUUACGCAGCGUCAGGGAUAAUGUGAGUAAUUACAACCCAGGGGGGGUCGAAUAGGUCCGAAUUGACAGAAGCUGUAACUGGGAUCGGAAAGACUUCGUUGGUGGAGAGGAACGACUACGAACCAGGGAUGCUAACUUGAGCUAGCCGCCUGCCGAGCUAACGUGCGCGUUCAGUGAUAACCGCUUCAGCAUGUUCGUUGUCUAUUAUUGUGUCUAUUAUUGUGUCUAUUAUUAAUUCACAUGUCUGCAGUGGCACAGUGGAGUGGCUGACUGUUGGUCCACCAGGCUAGUUUCUAUAUCUCCUCCAUCCACUCUGAGACUUGGCUAUCUUUAAGCCUUCAGUCGCAGCGAGUGGUUGCAUUUUUUUUUUUUUUUUUUGCCCGGGCCGUGUUUCCCCGAGGCUGCGGAGUGCACCGCUAUGAACCCCGUCAGUGCAACCACUCUGUACGUGUCCGCCAGCCGGGCCGUACUGCAGUGUGACCCGAGGCAGCCCAACACCUUCGCAGAGAUGUACACGCUGCUGCCCUUUUUCCGUCAGUCCCUCGCAUGCCUUGUCUGUGGUAAACUGCUCCAGGAUCCCAUUUCCCCAACACAUCCAGAGUGUCAGCAUUAUGUCUGCUUGGGCUGUAAAGGCCAGAAGAUGCAGAUCAGGCCGCCGUGCAGCCGCUGUAAAGACUAUUCCGGCUUCCAGGAGAACAAACAGCUCUCUUUGUUGGUGCAGUGCUACAGGAAGCUCUGCCUCUAUGUAACUCAUUCGCCCUUGCUGCAGUUGAUCAGCAGCCAUGUAGGAGGGUCUCCAGAGGUUAUGGCCUUGCUAGAGGAGGUGCUAAUGUCACACGAAGAGGAGAUAGAGACAGAGGACCUAAGCCUUGCACAGGAAGAUGUGAAUCCCUCUGUCACUGAGUCCCUUACCCCCACAGAGGCACCACCUGCUCCUGCAGAGCUUUCAGCUGUACCCCAGAGCUCCUCCUCUGACCCACCCUGUUCCAAUGGACCACAGGAAUGCAAUGGAGAAGGGCUAGAGGACCUGGAUCCCUCGUCCCCGGAGCUAGAAGUAUGCGAGCUGGUAGAGGAGCAGCCACAGGCAGGCCUGUCUGUGUCCAAUACUGGUUGUGGUGGUCUUGAACUGAGUCUGACUACUGGACAUUUAGCCCCAACUCCAGGCACUGUGUGCUCACUCAGGGAUGGGGAAUCUAGCAGCAGGGAGCUGGAGGAGGGGGAGGUGUUGCUUCUCAGUGUGGAGGAGGUCUUACAGACUUUGGAUCCUCUUCAGCCCGGUCGAGAUUCUUCUCAUAUACAGUCAGAAAGAACACACACUCACACACACUUAACUACGGACAGAGCACACGCUCAAAUGUACAUACAGCUGGACGCAGCUCACAACUACACACAGAUUCGAACAGACAGGACUAACACAGUGGCAAGCCAUGGUGCUCACAUACACACAUCCUCCUUCGAUCCUCCUCCAACCUCCAAGCCCCCGCCAGUCCGCCUUAAACGUAAACGAUCUCGCUCAGAGAGCGACAGAGAAAAGGUGAAACCCCUCCCUAUCGCCUCCAUCCUGCAGGGCUCCUCCUCACACUUACACACUCCACACCCCUCUCAGACACUGCACACGCAACCACCCACACCUCCUUUAACAGUAACAGCACACGCAUACUCCCCCCUUCCUAAUGGGGUGCCUCCCAAGCCUAGUCGCCCUGCGCCAAAUCACAAUAAAGGUGCCAGGAAGCACGUUGACCCGGGCCCUAAGAAGCCCCAUGCAAAGGCCCGCACUGGUGCAGGUUCCAAGACGAAGGACGGAAGCAAAGACCAGCGGUUGAUGGCAGGCUGCCUUGUUCCCCCAGCACCUGUCAGGCCUCCAUAUAAGAAGCCGGUGGAGAAGAAGGGCUGUAAGUGUGGCAGAGCCACCCAGAAUCCCUCUGUGUUGACCUGCAGGGGGCAACGCUGUCCCUGCUACUCAAACCGCAAGGCAUGCUUGGAUUGUAUCUGUCGAGGUUGCCAGAACUCCUACAUGGCCAACGGUGAGAAGAAGCUAGAGGCCUUCGCCGUGCCAGAGAAAGCCUUGGAGCAGACGCGGCUCACACUCGGCAUCAACCUCACCAGCAUCACGGCGGCCGCGGCGCUUCGCAACCCAGCACCCACCAGCAUCCGCGCAAACACCCUCCUCAAUGUUGCCACAGCAACGGGGACCCCGGUGACCACGGCCUUCCUGUCCCCCAGCCCCCCGCAAGAGCCCAACUAUGAGGACAGCCUGGAACUGCUGAUUGGAUGAGAGGCUGGGACUCCAAAAAACAAAAAAACAAAAAACAGACAGCUCGGUGCUGAUUGAAUGUGAUGGCUGAUCAUUGUGUCUGUCAGACAACCUGUACCUCCCCCCCUCCAGAGGGGAGGCAAUCUGAGGCAGCUAUGGGUCUGUCCUGUCCUGUAACCUGCUCUACUUUCUGUGUUGGAAAAUGCUGAGUAGUAAGACUAGCAUGGGUGUGCCAAAGCCUCCUGUAUUGUGCCUGUGUGCCGGUGUGUAUUGUUGCCUGCCUGUAGUUAAACACUUAUACUCGGUUCCAAGGCCAUUCUGUACUUCAGAGGUGCUUCUUGUUCAUAGACCACAGACAUACUGUAAGAGGCAAUAGGAACCCAUACCAGGUUUUUGUGUUUGUUAAUGUGUGCACACACAAUUAUAGAUUUCAGCGUGUGCGUAUGUGUGAUUUCUGGUGCAUAAUGAUAACAAAAAACUGCAUCAUUAUAUCUCAAUCACCUGUCACAGCAUUUUCCAUGUUUGAGUAUUACUCCAUGUAUGUUUCAGAAAUGCAUAAUUGGUAUUAGGACGGCCCUUACUAAUCCUUAACCCUGUUUGUGUUCACACCUUAAUUGUGAAUGAAUCUUGUGACUAAUCUAUGGAGAAGUUCUGUCUCACACAAGACUGUAUGCCUUUUUCUAUCUCGUUAACUCACUCAAUCCAAGUACUGUUGACUGAUAAUGAAUUUGUCUUAAUGAACUUGACUGAUGCAGGCAUUGUACAGGCAGCAAGAUAAUGUCAAAGCACUUGGCUGGCUCCACGGUUUCUCUCUGUGUGUGCGUGCGUGUGUGUGUGAGUGUGUAUGCGCCUGCUGAGAUUUACUGUAAUGUCAGCGGGGAGGCGGAUGGUGGGUUGUAAGCACUUAGACGGAUUGAUUGGCCAAAUUACAACUAAAAACCAUUCUUGGUUACCAUAGCAAUAGGAGCACCAACGAGGAGCCUCCCAGCUCUCGUGCACACACGCAGUUGUUUACAGUAUUUCCAUUUAUAUAGACUAUAACUGUCUUCUAAAAUAUUACACCAAUAUGUUUUGAUCGUGGGAUUGUACAUGACUGUGUGUGUGUUUAGAUAAACUGAAGCCAUAGGUUGUCAUUAACAAGACAAAAAUCCCCCCCCCCAACCGUUGUAGUGUCCCGACUGAUUAGAGACCAACACAGAGACUAUUUUUGAUAUCAAGUGUUUCAGAUUUGGUACCACUGUCUUUUUUUGUGUGUGUGUGUGUGUGUUUUGGUUAAAGCACCUUGAAGCCCUCCUAUAACUCAAGAGGCUGUGUGUUGUCUGUGUUUGUGUUUACUGUCUCAGCUGUAACUACAGAUGUUUGUCAGUCCAGUCAUGUGACCAAAAAGAGACUGAAGGAGAGAGAGAGCGAGCGAGAGAGAGAGAGAGAGGACUCAGGCAGACCAAACAAACACCUUGGUUCUCCACUCAUAGACCAGGAAGUAGCAGGUGGAUUACAGUAUGAUCAGCAAAAUAUGAUCUAUCUUCCUGCGUGUGUGUGUAUGUUUCAAAAUGUAUUUCUGUUGGGCAUUACUUGAACCCUGAUUAGUUUUUGGUAUUGUUUUUUUUAUGUAAAAACUCUUGUUUGAGGAGUGACUCUUAUUAUUGCUGAAACAUUCACUGCCAUAAUAUGGAAACAUGUAAUACAACAUGAAUUAAAAGAUAGUUUUUUACUUUUUCA